GGAAGAUGCGCCACCGUAUCGCGAUGCGCCGCUUGGGCCGUGAUGGCGAGCACCGCUGGGCCAUGCUCCGCAACCAGGUGACGUCGCUCAUCGAGCACGAGCGCAUCCGCACGACGCUGCCCAAGGCCAAGGAGCUGCGCCGCGUCGCGGAGCAGGUCGUGACGCUCGCCAAGCAGAACGACAUUUGCGCCCGCCGCCAGGCGCAGGGCAUCGUCCGCACCAAGACCGAGUUCGACAAGCUCUUCGACACGCUCGGCCCGCGCUACAUGGACCGCGCCGGUGGCUACACGCGCAUCGUCAAGGCCGACUUCCGGUACGGCGACAACGCCGAGAUGGCCGUCAUCGAGUACAUUGACCGCCCGGGUGAGCUUCGCCGCGCCAAGCCGGGUACCGCCCACCUCGCCAAGAAGCAAGAAGAGUAGAUUUGUAUGAAUGGAAUAAGGUAGACACACUUACUGAACAGCG